GAGGCAAAGGGAAAAUACUGUGUUAUCAUGUCGGAGUUCUGGCUGAUUUCUGCCCCUGGAGAUAAAACAAACCUGCAGGCAUGGGAGAGAAUUACCACCGUGACGUCUAAAUCCAACCUGUCCAGCAACAGCAAAUUCCAUAUUCCAGACCUAAAGGUGGGGACACUGGAUGCUCUUGUUGGUCUGUCAGAUGAGUUGGGAAAACUUGAUAGCUUUGCUGAAAGCGUAAUAAAGAAAAUAGCCCAGUACAUAGGAGAAGUUAUGGAAGACUCAAAAGAUAAAGUCCAGGAAAAUCUUCUGGCCAAUGGAGUUGACCUAAUUAGCUACCUGACACGGUUUGAGUGGGACAUGGCCAAAUAUCCCAUAAAGCAGCCGCUGAAGAAUAUAUCAGAAGCAUUAGCAAAGCAAGUGACUCAAAUAGAAGCAGACCUAAAGACCCGAUCAGCUGCAUACAACAACAUUAAAGGAAACUUGCAAAGCCUGGAGAAAAAGACUGUGGGAAAUCUGCUGACUCGGACCCUAGCAGACAUUGUGCAUAAAGAAGACUUUGUUCUGGAUUCUGAGUAUCUUAUCACACUGCUCGUCGUGGUGCCAAAGUCAAGCUAUGUACAGUGGCAGAAGACCUAUGAAUCCCUCUCUGAUAUGGUAGUGCCUCGCUCCACUAAAAUGAUUGCUGAGGAUGCCGAGGGAGGACUCUUCACUGUGACCCUAUUUAGAAAAGUGAUGGAUGACUUCAAGGCUAAAGCCAGGGAGAACAGGUUCAUGGUUCGAGAAUUUUAUUUUGAUGAGAAGGAACUGAAGUGUGAGAAGGAGGAGCUGAUGAAGUUAGCUUCUGAUAAGAAACAACAGUAUGGCCCGUUACUGCGCUGGCUGAAAGUGAACUUCAGUGAAGCAUUUGUGGCUUGGAUUCACGUGAAAGCCUUGAGAGUUUUUGUUGAAUCUGUCCUGAGGUAUGGCCUUCCAGUUAAUUUCCAAGCAAUGCUGCUGCAGCCAAACAGGAAAUCUGUGAAACGCCUGAGAGAUGUCCUAAACGUGGUCUUCAAACACCUGGAUGAAGUCGCAGCAGCAAGUAUAAUGGAUCCUGGCAUGGACAUCCCUGGUUUACAACUGAGUAAUCAAGAAUACUAUCCUUACGUCUAUUUCAAGAUUGACCUCAGUCUUCUUGACUGCAGUUAA